UGUCAUUGGUAGUUCGUGUCUCCGUGGCCACCCCUGUGGAAGUUCUCACAAAUGUUUCUUCUCCGCUGCCCCAGAUCAUACAUGGCUCAUGUGGAGGAGGCAGCCCGCCGGUUGUCCAAAACUGGGUCAACCCUCUACGCAGUGCUGGAGCUUAAGAAGGGUGCCUCACCUGAAGAUGUGAAAAAGGCCUACAGCCAUUCCCCAUCCUCUCCCCCCACUCCUUUUGGGUAUUGCCUGGGUAGGAGACUGGCCUUGAAGUAUCAUCCAGACAAGAAUCCAGGGGACCCUCAAGCAGCAGAGAUAUUCAAAGAGAUCAACACAGCCCACGCCGUACUGAGUGACCCUAAGAAGCGGAAAAUUUACGACCGGCAUGGCUCAUUGGGCAUUUAUAUAUACGAUCACUUUGGCGAAGAAGGUGUGACCUACUACUUUACGAUGAAUAGUUGUUGGUUCAAGACACUUGUCCUCCUGUGUGCUCUGCUCACCUGUUGCUGUUGCUGUUGCUGCUGCUGCUUUUGCUGUGGAACACUUCGACCGCCACCCGAGGAAGUAGCGAAGAGAAAAUAUGAGCCAAAUGUCCAGAACCAGCCUCCAAGAUCAGGUGAGAACCCCAGACAGGAGCUGGGGUAAGAGCUGGAUUAGGG